AUGCCCCGCAACACCCACCGUUCUACUGCCUCGCAAGCUCGUAAAAGGACUCCAACUACCCUGCGCCUUCGUCUGUCCAAACCGCCUGUUCCGGAUGUUCCGGAUAAUGACGAGAAUCCAACUGAUGAUGAGAAGGAGGAUAAGGAGGAGGAGGAGGAGGAGGAGGAGGAGGAGGAGACACAGUCAGAAGAUCCUCGAUUUCUGCGAACACCUACCCCUGAGCCUGAGAUCUCAUUCAGCUCUUCUAUCGUAUCCAAUAUCUCCCUCAACUCCUUCUUCAUCUAA